AUGAAGUACAUCUACCUCCUCGGGCUAGCAGCGGGCCUAGCGGCCGCCGCGCCCCUCGACGAACACAAGCCCACGCCCACCACCACCACCACCACCUCAUGGGACGACAAGCACAAAGCCACGGCCUCGUGGGACGACAAGCACAAAUGGGACGGCAAGUACAAGCCCACCAGUACGUGGGGCGACUACAACCACGCGUCUUGGGCCGGUGACAAGAACGACCCCAAGAAAACCGAUUCUUGGGACGACAAGGACAAGGACAAGGACAAGGACAAGGGCAAGGACAAGGGCAAGGAUAAGGGCAAGGACAAGCCAACCGCCACGACGACCAAGGACGACAAGCCCAAGAAGACCGACGACAAGGGCAAGAAGCACACCAAGCGCCAAGACCCCGAGGAUCCCGAGGAAACUGAGGAGCCUGAGCCUGACGAGCCUGAGGAGCCCGAGGUAACGCCCGCGCCCGAGGACAACCCCGACGACGAGGACGACGAGCCCGAGGAUAACGAGCCCGACGACGACGGCCUUCUCAAGCGCCAAGAAGACCCCGAGGAAACCGAGCCAAUUGACGCGCCUGUGGAUGAGCCGGAGCUUGAGCCCGAGAACCCCGACGACGAGCCCGACGUCGAGGAAGAGCCUGACGAGCCCGCGGUAACGCCUGCGCCCGAGGACACCAACCCCGACGACUCUGAAAACCAAGGCUUCCAGCCCCCCGACGAGACCAACCCUGACGACGAGGGCCUCGGCAGGCGCCGCAUCCGCCGCGUCGUGCGCGUCUUCUAG